ACAGUCCCCUCUCUGCAUCUCAACAGAAUCCCCAAUCACCAGAAAAUCGUAGACGAAGAAGAAGAAAAGAGAGAGAGAGAGAGAACCAGUGAAGAACACGACGACCUCACCAACCCUAACCAACACCAGCACACACAGAAUCACAGAGUCUACAAAACACAUCUCUCUCUGUUUCUUCAAUCAUAUACACAAAUUCUCAUAUAUAUAUAUAUAUAUAUAUUUGUGAUCUUCAUAUUUGAGCUGAAAUGGAGAAAGUCAUUGCAAACUACGAGCUCAUAGCUUGCGGCAUAGUGUAGAUUCUUCUUAAAAAAAACAGUGUUUCCACUUUCUCUCUCUCUCUCUCUCUCUACAGUACCUUUUUCUCUCUCUAGAAUGGCUUGCCGAAGGAUGAGUGCGGGGAAUUUGGAUCCGGAGAGGAAGAGGAGUGGGGGUCUCAGGACCAAACAGGCGGGACGAGGCUCGUGUCGUGGAAGUUAGGCCGGAGUAGCAGAGUCGCCGGAAAAUGCUUGAUCUCCGGCGCUGAGAUUUACGCUAUAUCUCUUUGUAUUUCUCUCUCUCUCUCUCUCUCUCUCAAUCUCUAUAUCUAUAUCUCUCUUCGUGCGUUUUGACUGUUUCAUCUGAGUUUGAGCCAUGGGGUAUCUUUUGAAAGAAGCUUUGAAGACUCUCUGUGGCGUCAAUCAGUGGUCUUAUGCUGUUUUCUGGAAAUUCGGUUUCAAAAACCCUACGCUUUUAAUCUGGGAAGAUUUCUAUUACGAACCUAUGCCAUGUUCUGCUCUUCCUCUCAAUUCUGGAAUUAAGAGCUCAGAACUGGCUUUUCGAGAGUGGGAAGAGUGCUGGGUUUCUUCUGAACCUCAAUCUCAUCAUGUUGGGGUUCGAGCAGAGGACAAAGUCCCUUCACUUGUAAACAAAAUGAUGUUGGGUAACCGGGUUCAAGUUGUAGGACAAGGACUAGUUGGCCGGGCUGCAUUUACUGGUAACCAUAUGUGGAUUCUUUCAGAGAACUAUACUACAGAAACCCAUCCACCAGAGGUUCAAAAUGAGUUGUGGCAACAACUUUCAGCCGGCAUAAAGACAGUCGCAAUUAUUCCAAUCCUUACUCAUGGUGUUGUUCAACUUGGUUCAUCCUUAUCUAUUAUGGAGAAUGCGGCAUUUGUGAAUGAUGUCAAGAGUUUAAUUCUUCAACUAGGAUGUGUUCCUGGUGCUCUAUUAUCUGAAAAUUAUACAUCAGGAGAACCUGCUCCAAAGAUUGGAGUACCCAUAUUUCAUAGAAGGUCUGUUUCUGCUGGCCCAUCUGGGAAUCGUAACGUGGAAGACUCUGUUCCUUCCAUUGCUGGCAGCUGCAACCAACAAAGUAUCCAAUCUCAUGCUUCAGAGUUUGUUGGUCAGCCUUCUUAUUCUAUAGUUAGAAUGAUACAAAAUAACCUACAUGGUACUUCUUCAUCAGGGAUUAAACCAAGCUUUCCUUUCAGUAGCCAAUUUGAAAAUGUGGAAACAGGAGGUGGAUUUAUCCCGUUGAACCAAGAGCUGUGGCUGAAUCAUCAGGCUUCUUUGUACAAUCACAAGUCUGAAUUCGAUGAACAAACUUGUGCUGGUCUGUCAUCUGGAAAUUAUAGCAAUUUAAGAAUAAUGGAAGAGGAGAUAUUGUCAGAUGCUAUCCUACAAGAGCAUGUUAACAACAGUUUAAGCACAUCCAAUGACAAUAUAAUGUCUCAGCUGAGAACAAAUGGAGGGUUAAGUUCCAAUGGAGGUCAGUUACAUAAUGCAGCCAGAAAUCAACCGAGAUCAAUUUCAAACUCGUGUUCUCUUCCAACUGUGCACAGGUCAGCUAGCGUUGAUAUCUCUUCCAGACAUCUUGCAAGGAGUGGGCCAAAUGCUGGUUCAUCUAAGACGGAGGUAUCUACAUCUGAUUUGACAGAUCAUUUGACAUCCAAUCAAUUGCUUUUGAGGAGCUCUGAUUUCAAGCACAAUUCUAAAAUUGGCAAGUGUUCUCAAAUUGAGGUGGCUCAGGGAAAAGAAAGAAUAGAAAAUGAUUUGUUUCAAGGCCUUGACAUCCCAUUGGCCCAUCUGGAUGAGCGCACAAAAUUGAGUGAGAACAUUUCUGGUUUUGAUCACGAUAGCCUAAAGCAUGACUACCGCACUCCAAGAUCAAAAAGUGCCAAGACUGAGAACAAGUGCGUCCAACCAUCAUCAGGGGAUGACCUAUUUGAUAUUCUGGGUGUGGAUUUUAAGAACAAACUAAUUGAUGAUAGCUGGAAUAAUUGUCUUAACGGUGGGCUAGACACAAGGAAAAAAACCUUGAAUAAGAAUAAUUUUACAUCUUUGAAUCUUCGGGAUGCCGAUGCUGAGUUAUAUUCAUUAAAUGGAAGAAACUCAGAUUGUGGUAUUUUUAGUAUGUCUGGCACUGACCAUCUGCUAGAUGCAGUUGUAAAUGGGGUCCACACUGCUGCCAAUCAGAGCUCAGAUGAUAAUGUGUCUUGCAGGACAACAGUGACAAAGAUUAGUAGCUUGUCUGUUCUUAACACUUCCUCCUCCCAUGGCCGAGUUAGUGUGUCUGAUCAGAUUCAAGAAAAGUUACUGGGACUUCCGAAGUCUCAAGAAAAAUUAGCUCCAUUAGGAUCUUGUUCCUUCAAAUCCGAGUGCAGCAAGGAAGAUCCAGGAAACUAUUCCCAAACCAGUUCCAUUUGUGGAUCUCAAAUCAGCUCAUGGGUUGAACAGAGUCAUGGUAUGAAGCACAACAGUAGUGCUUCAAUUGCACAUCCUAAGAGGCCGGAUGAAGUAAGCAAAUCAAAUCGCAAAAGGCUUAAACCCGGAGAGAACCCUAGACCCAGGCCAAAAGAUCGCCAGAUGAUCCAAGAUCGUAUGAAAGAGUUGAGGGAAAUAGUACCUAAUGGGGCAAAGUGUAGCAUUGAUGCACUGCUGGAACGUACAAUUAAGCAUAUGCUUUUCCUGCAAAGUGUCACAAAACAUGCUGACAAGCUAAAACAAACAGGAGUGUCCAAGGUUAUCAAUAAGGACGGUGGGCCACUAUUAAAAGACAACUUUGAGGGAGGCAGAACAUGGGCAUGUGAAGUUGGUUCUCAAUCUAUGGUUUUCCCUAUCAUAGUUGAGGAUCUGAAUCCACCUCGUCAAAUGCUUGUGGAGAUGCUCUGCGAAGAACGCGGUUUGUUUUUGGAAAUAGCUGAUAUAAUUCGAGGAUUGGGAUUAACCAUACUGAAAGGGGUGAUGGAAACUCGAAAUGACAAGGUCUGGGCACGCUUUGCAGUAGAGGCUAACCGGGAUGUCACAAGGGUGGAAAUAUUCAUCUCUCUCAUUCAACUUUUAGAGCAAAGUGUUAAGAGCGGCGCAAUAGCAUCAGGCAACACCAUAGAGAACGACAAUAUGAUUGUCCUCCCGUCUUUCCAACAAGCAGCCUCCAUACCCGUAACCGGUAUGCCUCAUAGUUUGCAGUGAGCCGCACUCUUUAGUUUUAGUUUUCUGGUCUGGAUGUGUUGAGAGCAAGCCGUGUUUCGGCUUGCCAUGACUAACAUGAUCCCAGACUGAUUUAUUUCAGGCACUUGUAACUCUUAACCGACAUUCUUCUCCCAUGACCACCGAAGUAUGAUUGGCCUCGUUUGAAAGUGGGAGAGAUUGCUUUAGGUAAUGAUUAGUUCCCCAAGAACUUGUGUGUUGCUUAUAUCUCUGCUCUAUUUUUCCAUUUUCCUCGUUGUUUCGCCAGUAAUUUUAUACACUCUGAGGUGGUAGCACAAACCUGUUUGUUGUGGGUUUGUUUAUGUAUAUAAAAUAUGGGACAUAAAAUGAAGGUGAGAUGUGUAUUUAGCUGACUUUUUUUUCCUUUAAAUUUUUAUUUAGAUUUUUUCUUCA